AUGAGCAGCGCCCCAGGAGACACGAGGGAUGCUCCUGCGUUGUUAAGCCACCGGCAAUGCCUCCUACCCUCUGUGGCUCACACUCCCUCUGUCACUGAGGUGACACCAGCCAAGAAGAUAACCUUUCUCAAGCGAGGAGACCCCCAGUUUGCUGGGGUUCGUCUGGCUGUCCACCAGCGCACCUUCAAGACCUUCAGCGCCCUGAUGGACGAGCUGUCUCAGCGCAUGCCUCUUCCCUUUGGGGUGCGUUCUGUCACCACACCCCGGGGUCUGCAUGGCCUCAGUGCCCUGGAGCAGCUACAAGAUGGGGGGUGCUACCUGUGCUCUGACAGGAAGCCCUCAAAAACUCCCAGAGAGCCAGGCCGAUCUCAAAAGCAAAGACCCUCUGCUGGGCAGUCACAGGGUUUUGAAGGAGGGCAUGAAGCUCCAGAAAUGUCCUCUUCCUGGAAGGGUGCUGGGGCCCCAAGGAGGCUGACACUGGUGAAGAAUGGGGAUCCUAGAUGUCAGCAGACAGUGGUUCUCAGUCACAAGAACACCAGAAAUCUGGCAGCCUUCCUCAACAAAGCCUCCGAGCUUCUGGGCUUUCCUGUGAAGCAGAUGUACACGAUCCGUGGGAAGAAGGUGGACUCUCUACAGAUGCUCCUGGAUGGCCCCUCCCUGCUAGUGUGUGCUGGGACCGAGGCCUUCAGACGUCUGGAGAUGGAAAAUGAUGGAGGGAACAGGACCAGAACUGUAUCUGGUGUGACUGCAAGGAGUGAGCGUGGUUGCUGGGGACCAAACGCCAAGCAGAGUGUCAUGCACUCAAGGGCCAGGUCUGGCGGCAGGCUGCGGCAGUUUUCCUUGAUAUCGGAGAGGUCUAGUCUAAAUGACCACCCAGGAUCCGGCCAUCGAGCCUGGCCAGGGGAUGCUUUGAACAGGUGCCCUCAGGAUACACCUGCUCCAUCUGGUUCCUUGGUGGCUGCUGAUGACGUGGAGAAGAAAGUCUGCAUGAAUGAGGAUGGUAGCCUGUCUGUGGAGAUGAAACUCCGCUUCCAGCUUCUGGGCGAGGAUGCCUUGCGGUGGUCCCAGAGGGUGGGGCGUGCUGGGGUCUUCACAGCAUCUGGUGGGGAGCGCCAGGUCCUGAGGGAGACUGAUCCCUUCUGUUGCAGACAGGAGGGCCACCCCUGGCAUUUCUUGGAGCCUGGGGCACAGGGACUGAGUCCCUGUGGUAGAGAAGGCCAGGGAGCCUUUGAUGUGAGCCAGCAAUCACGACCCAGCUAUGACAUCUGGAGGAACCCCCUGACCACUCCUAAGGGUGCAGGGCCAACUCCUCGGAAGAGGUGGGGCCUGGCUAAGCUCUCUGGAUGCAGGAGCCACUGGAGCCAGGGGGCUAAUGACAGGAAAGGAUAUGACACAGGUAAUGCCAGCCCAGUCUCAAUUCCCAGGUACCCUAGAAGUGCCCAGCCAAGUAGUUCCUGCUGUCCCUGGACUCCAGACAGUGAGACAAGCAGUGACACCUUGCACCCAGUUUCUUCAGCUUCUUCCCAAAGUAGGGCUGAGCUGGAAUCUGGUGAAGGCCCCUGCCUAGAGGACACAGAAGCCCAUGGCUUGCGACCUGAGACCCAAGGUAUAGAAAGGGCCCUUUCUGAUACAUCAGUCAGGGCCGAGUCUCCUGAGGAGCCUGGUGAACGUGGUUGUCAGCACCACAGAGGCUCAAGCCAGACGAAGGUCAUGGCUUCCCAGGAGCAAGCCACCCAAGGUGACAGCCCCUGUAUUUCGACCCAGAGUCUUUCAUCUUUGAGCAACAUGGGCCCUCAGACGGAGAGGUGUAGACAGGGCACCAGGUGCCAAGAGGCCAGAGGUAAGCCUGUACUGAGACUUCCCCUGGUUCCAGACCAUUCUGGCUCUCAGGACACACAUAGAGAUGCUCUCCCAGCUCCUGCCUGUGCCCCAGCCCAACGGAGGCAGAGAAAGCAGAAGAGGCCAGCUGGUAGUGUGUGUUUGCCCAGUGUCUCUGUCCCUUACCAAGUGACUCAGAAAGGCCAUGCCAGGCAGUGUCACUAUUGCAGGGACACUCAAUCCUCACUGGACACAGCCUUGCAAAUGCCAAUGCCUCAGGAAAGCGAACAGGCCUGCCCAGGAGGCCCAACACCACAAUUUCCUCCAAACUCACCUAGUACUGGGAAUCAGGCCUCCAGGAAUCUGAAAUCACCAUUCUCUAGUUCUCUUGACUCUGAGGACCAAGAGGCCACCAGCAAAGCCACCAUCAUACCUGCGAGUGGCUCAGACUAUGUUUCCAGCUUCUACAACCCCAGUACUCACUCUGCAGAGCCAGCAGGCGACACAGAGUGCCUGGCUCACUCUUCAAUUCCCACACCUGUCCACAGAGGAGAGGUCAGUUGCCUGUGGGACAAGGCAGGGACUACCCCUGAGUCUUUCUCACCCUCUGUCUUGCUGGACAGAUGGCCUGAAGCAGAGGACCCAAGGACCCACCAGGAUGGCUGCUGCUCACAGGUUGCAGCAUCUUCUGUCCUCACUGCCCCCAGGGAGCAAACACAGACUCCUAUUCCCGAGGUCUGCUGGGGGCCCAGCAGUUUUUGCCCAACUUCCCCCAAGGAGCAAACAUAUUCCGGGAAGGAGCCUGCAAGCUGCAGUAGUAGUCCAAGCAGUGACCACAGUCGAGAUGGUGGCCAUGUUGAGCCCAGGAGGACUCUGCUGGGGAUGUCCCCUGGUAUCACAGGAAGCCUUGAGGAGCAGGAAGAGGAUGGUGGUGUGACACCCAGUGCUCUGCCCUACACCUCUUCAGAUGCUGUGGUUCGUGAGUGGCUGGGCAACAUCCCAGAAAAGCCGGUUCUCAUGACGUAUGAGAUGGCAGGUGAGAUCAUAGAGGUGGCCAGUGAUGAUGGCCCAGGAGGUCCCAAGGAGGACCUUGGUGAUGUCUGUUCUUUGAAAGCCCUGGGAGAACUGUCUCAGGCAAGACAGCAGCCCCCAGAAGAGGUUACUGGUGAGCACCCAGAGCCAGCGGGAGUCCUGCCAGGGACUGGCUCUGCACACUGCAAACUAGGAGAUGAUCCGAAUCAUGACGCAGCAUCGGGUGAAGGGGUCAAGGCCCCCGCAGAAGCUACGGACCAUGGUGGGAGCCUGUGUGCACUCCCCAGCAGAGUCUCAGCCUCCACACAGAUCAUGAAGGCCCUACUGGGCUCCAAGCCAGGCCGGCCCAGCAGUCUACCAGAGGUCUCUAGCACAGUAGCCCAGAAGCUCAGCUGCUCUGCGGGUGCCCUCAUUGCCUGCCUUGCCAGGCUCCAUUUCUUUGAUGAGGCUCUAGGGCCUCUGGGCAGCAAAGUGAGGCUCGAAGAGUUUCCUAAGUACCAGGAGAUGCUGAGUAUCUCCCAGACCCUGUGGCCUGGGAAUGCGGGCGGGCAAAGCCAGCUGGACACGGGCCUCAGGAGGCUUACCUCACACCAGGCUCUGCUGAGGACUGAGGACUUCACACCCACCUCCUCUUCUGGUGUAGAUGUCAGCAGUGGCUCUGGAGGCUCCGGUGAGAGCAGUGUGCCCUGUGCCAUAGAUAGUACCCUGGCUCCCGAGAAGAUAGAUUUGCCCUUAAUAGUCCCCUCUCAAAGACCUGAUUCCAGGAACCGGGGAUACCUAGAGGCAGGAAGUCAUUCCACACUCUCACCUGGCUCACAGGUGUGGGCUUGCACCACCAGCGGGGAGGAGUCAGGUAAAGGUGGCAGGAAGCAAACAGGGCACAAUGCCCCAGAGCCAUCAGUUGAAAGGACAGCGCUGAAAGGGGAGGCACAGUCAGAAGAAAGAGAAUGCAGAGCAAGAGAGAGGCUGCAAGAUGGUGGUGUCCACGGGAAUGGGCUUCCGGAAGCAGGGGCUGGAGACUGCAGUCAAGGAAUGCUUGGAGCUGGCUCCUGGCAUGGGGAGGACUCACCAGAAAACACCAGACUGCCAAAAGAUAAAGGACGAACUGAGUCGUCCUCUGGAGGACUGUGGGCUCUAGAUGAGAGAGAGGGAGCCACAGAGUCCCCUCAUGGUUUCAGUGAGAGCAAGUCAAAUGUUAGUGAGAGUCAAAGGGCUUGCAUAUUGGAGCAGGGCUUGGAAGAGAUGUCCAGAGUGGAUGCAAUAGGCCGGGAGCAAGCGGGCAUCAAGGCCAGCUCAGGAACCAAGAAGACGAACACACGCCCGGCCCACAAGGGAUCUCUGGACCCUGACCCAAUCUGGGUUUCUACUCUGCUGAAGAAGAUCGAGAAAGCCUUCAUGGCUCACCUGGCUGAUGCCACAACUGAACUGCGGGCUCGAUGGAACCUUCAUGACAACAGUCUUCUGGACCAGAUGGUGAGCGAGCUGGAGGAGGAUGUGGGCCGGCGGCUUCAAGCAAGCACUUCCAGGGAAGUUAGGAAGAUCCAGAGCAGGGCAGGGAGGGUGGUGGUUCCAGAACCUCCCCGGGAAGCCCUCAGAGGUCAGACAUCUCUACAGACAGAGCAGCGCAGGUGCCGCCUUCAGGGUCUGCGCAACUUUUCAGCCCUCCCUGGCCUGGGGCCGCUCUCCCUCAGGGUGGAGGAUGGGUCCGCCUUCAGCACAGCCUCAGAGACCAUAGUAGGUGCACAGCCUGCGGGGGACGACUUCUGUCCCUGUGAAGUCUGCCUAAAGAAGAUGACCCCUAGAUUCCCAAAGGAUGCCACAGCAGCCCCCAGGGCACCAGUCAGAAAGGCCUUUGACCUCCAGCAAAUUCUACAGAGCAAGAAAGGAGGAGGCAGGAACGGAGAGGCCACAGACGUGCCCGCUCAGAAGACAGGGAUGACAACGUCUCAGGAGGACCCGAGAACUGCCCAGGGGGCUGACGGGAAGCAAGAGCUGAAAUUGGCACAAGGGCCUGGGGUAGCUGAGGGAGAGGACGGGGAAGGAGCUCAGAGCCGGAGAGGAAAAGAGGAGCCCGAGUUUUUGAACGCACAAGGAGCUAGUUGCCAUAUGCCCGAAGAGGAUGCAGUCACUAAGAAAGAAAGGGAACUCCACAUCAGUGCCGCACAAGAAAGCCAGCAGUCAGAGGGGAACGGGAUGGAGAAGGAAGAAACUGCGGACCAGGGCUUCAGAAAUGACAGCGCUUCGCAGGCUUCGGGAACACAGGGUGUCUGCUCAGUGGAGAUUCAGGAAGCUUUCGGAGAAAACCACCCAGAGAUAGAAGGAAGAAAUCAAGACGGAAAGCAACACAGCCCUUGGGUGAGCUCAGAGGGUAGGCAGAGAAGGCAGGCUUCUGAGCAUGCAAGCCUAGACCAUGAAGGGAGGCCCCAGAGCCUCGGUCAAAGGCCAGGCCUCCGAAGCCACCAUGCGUCGGCACAGUCCUCCAGGGCGACAUCUCUGGACAACUACUCACAGGUGUCUCAGAAGGACUCAGAGGGAGAUUUUCCAAGUGGAGACCUCAAGCGCCCUGAAGCUGAGAACAGUAAGGGCUUGCAUGCAGAGAGGAAGGCCACCAUGAUGUACCCAGAAAGUUUCUCUUCAGAGCAAGAAGAGGACCCCUCCAGCCCAAGGCCCCCAAAGCAGGGGAAAGGUGAAGUCUGUCGUGCGGAAGAUGAAGAGACAGCUGGAAGCUUGGUUUGUACCCAGGCUGGGGGUAGGGUAGAAGGCUUUGGCCAGGACGAUUUAGAUUUCUAG